UGCGCUCGGGCACCCGGCCCGCGCCGCCGCCCGCCGCCGCCGCCGCCGCCCGCCCCGGCCACAGUCCGGUUCCGACCCGAGCGCCCGCCGCCCGGCCGAGCCCGCGAUGGAAUAAUGCCCAGCGGCCCGCCGGUCCCGGAAAUUUUCUGAUGUGACGGCUGAGACAUGAGAUCUUCAGCCUCCAGGCUCUCCAGUUUUUCGUCAAGAGAUUCACUAUGGAAUCGGAUGCCGGACCAGAUCUCUGUCUCCGAGUUCAUCGCCGAGACCACCGAGGACUACAACUCGCCCACCACGUCCAGCUUCACCACGCGGCUGCACAACUGCAGGAACACCGUUACGCUGCUGGAGGAGGCUCUAGAUCAAGAUAGAACAGCCCUACAGAAAGUGAAGAAAUCUGUAAAAGCAAUAUACAAUUCUGGCCAAGACCAUGUACAAAAUGAAGAAAACUAUGCACAAGUUCUUGAUAAGUUUGGGAGUAAUUUUUUAAGUCGAGACAACCCUGAUCUUGGCACUGCUUUUGUCAAGUUUUCUACUCUUACAAAAGAACUUUCCACACUGCUGAAAAAUCUGCUCCAGGGUCUGAGCCACAAUGUGAUCUUCACUUUGGAUUCCCUGUUAAAAGGAGACCUAAAGGGAGUCAAAGGAGAUCUCAAGAAGCCAUUUGACAAAGCCUGGAAAGAUUAUGAGACAAAGUUCACAAAAAUUGAGAAGGAGAAGAGAGAGCAUGCAAAACAGCACGGGAUGAUCCGCACAGAAAUAACUGGAGCCGAGAUCGCAGAGGAAAUGGAAAAGGAAAGGCGCCUUUUUCAGCUCCAGAUGUGUGAAUAUCUAAUUAAAGUUAAUGAAAUCAAGACCAAAAAGGGUGUGGACCUGCUGCAGAAUCUUAUAAAGUACUAUCACGCACAGUGCAAUUUCUUUCAAGAUGGUUUGAAAACAGCUGAUAAAUUGAAACAGUACAUUGAAAAAUUGGCUGCUGAUUUAUAUAAUAUAAAACAGACCCAGGAUGAAGAGAAAAAACAGCUAACCGCACUCCGAGAUUUAAUAAAAUCUUCUCUUCAGCUUGAUCAGAAAGAAGUAGGUGGUUUAUAUGUUCCCAGCAGGGCUAACAGUGAUUCCCAGAGCCGGCAAGGAGGGUACAGCAUGCAUCAACUCCAGGGCAACAAGGAGUACGGCAGUGAGAAGAAGGGGUACCUGCUAAAGAAAAGCGAUGGGAUCCGGAAAGUGUGGCAGAGAAGGAAGUGUGCGGUCAAGAAUGGGAUUCUAACCAUCUCACAUGCGACGUCUAAUAGGCAGCCAGCCAAGUUGAACCUUCUCACCUGCCAGGUGAAGCCAAAUGCGGAGGAUAAGAAGUCCUUUGAUCUGAUAUCACAUAACAGGACCUAUCACUUUCAGGCAGAAGAUGAGCAGGAUUACGUAGCGUGGAUAUCAGUGUUGACAAAUAGCAAAGAAGAGGCCCUAACCAUGGCCUUCCGGGGUGAGCAGAGCACUGGGGAAAACAGCUUGGAAGAUCUGACGAAAGCCAUCAUUGAGGACGUCCAGCGGCUCCCCGGCAACGAUGUCUGCUGUGACUGUGGCUCGUCAGAGCCCACGUGGCUUUCAACCAACCUCGGUAUUCUGACCUGUAUAGAAUGUUCUGGCAUCCAUAGGGAAAUGGGGGUUCAUAUUUCCCGCAUUCAGUCUUUGGAACUAGACAAAUUAGGAACUUCUGAACUCUUGCUGGCCAAGAACGUAGGAAACAAUAGUUUUAAUGAAAUUAUGGAAGCAAAUUUACCCAGCCCCUCACCCAAACCCACCCCUUCAAGUGAUAUGACUGUACGAAAAGAGUAUAUCACUGCAAAGUAUGUAGACCAUAGAUUCUCAAGGAAAACCUGUUCCACUUCAUCAGCUAAGUUGAAUGAAUUGCUUGAGGCCAUCAAAUCUAGGGAUUUACUUGCACUAAUCCAAGUCUAUGCAGAAGGAGUAGAGCUAAUGGAACCUCUGCUGGAAUCUGGACAGGAACUUGGGGAGACAGCCCUUCAUCUUGCCGUCCGAACUGGAGAUCAGACAUCUCUCCACUUGGUUGACUUCCUUGUACAAAACUGUGGGAACCUGGAUAAGCAGACCUCAAUGGGAAACACAGUUCUGCACUACUGUAGCAUGUACGGCAAGCCUGAGUGUCUAAAGCUGCUUCUCAGGAGCAAGCCCACUGUGGACAUCGUGAACCAAGCUGGAGAAACUGCCUUGGACAUAGCAAAGAGACUAAAAGCUACCCAGUGCGAAGACCUGCUUUCCCAAGCCAAAGCUGGCAAGUUCAACCCACACGUCCACGUUGAAUAUGAGUGGAACCUUCGACAGGAGGAAAUGGAUGAAAGUGAUGAUGAUCUAGAUGACAAACCAAGCCCAGUCAAGAAAGAGCGCUCACCCAGACCUCAGAGCUUCUGCCACUCCUCCAGCGUCUCUCCCCAGGACAAGCUGGCACUGCCGGGAUUCAGCACUCCGCGGGACAAGCAGCGGCUCUCCUAUGGAGCCUUCACCAACCAGAUGUUUGUCUCCACAAGCACAGACUCGCCCACGUCACCAACUGCAGAGGCACCCCCUCUGCCUCCUAGGAAUGCUGGGAAAGGUCCAACUGGCCCACCUUCAACACUCCCUCUAAGCACACAGACCUCUAGUGGCAGCUCCACCCUAUCCAAGAAGAGGCCUCCUCCCCCACCACCCGGACACAAGAGAACCCUGUCCGACCCUCCCAGCCCACUACCUCACGGGCCCCCAAACAAAGGCGCAGUUCCUUGGGGUAACGAUGUGGGUCCAUCAUCUUCAAGUAAGACCACAAACAAGUUUGAAGGGUUGUCUCAGCAAUCAAGCACCAGUUCUGCAAAGACUGCCCUUGGCCCACGAGUUCUUCCUAAACUACCUCAGAAAGUGGCACUAAGGAAAACAGAAACGAGCCAUCAUCUUUCCCUGGACAAAGCCAACCUCCCAGCCGAGGUUUUUCAGAAGUCAUCACAGCUGGCAGAGUUACCCCAAAAGCCACCCCCUGGAGAGCUACCCCCAAAGCCCACAGAACUGGCCCCCAAACCCCAGAUUGGAGAUCUGCCACCUAAGCCUGGAGAGCUUCCCCCCAAGCCACCACUGGGUGACCUGCCACCCAAGCCCCAGCUCUCAGACUUACCUCCCAAGCCGCACGUGAAGGACCUGCCCCCCAAACCACAGCUGGGAGACCUGCUGGUAAAGUCCCAGGCUGGUGACAUCUCAGCCAAGGCUCAGCAGCCCUCCGAAGUCAUUCAGAAGUCACAGCCAGUGGAUCUGUCCCCAAACAUGCAGUCCAGAGACACCAUCCAGAAGCAGGCAUCAGAAGACUCCAGUGACCUCACGCCCACUCUGCCUGAGACGCCUAUACCACUGCCCAGAAAGAUCAACACGGGAAAAAAUAAAGUGAGACGUGUGAAGACCAUUUAUGACUGCCAGGCGGACAAUGACGACGAGCUCACGUUCAUAGAGGGCGAAGUGAUCGUGGUUACCGGGGAGGAAGACCAGGAGUGGUGGAUCGGGCACAUUGAAGGACAGCCUGAGAGGAAGGGGGUCUUUCCAGUGUCCUUUGUUCACAUCCUGUCCGACUAGCAGAAAACAGAAGCUUCAGACUGCCUGCGUCCUUCACACAAGACCGCUGCCUCCAUGUAACCCCAUGCACAAUGUGUAUAUAGCUGCUGUUACAGAGAGACACUCGGGCAAGGGCCACCUCAGGAGAGGAUGUAGUGUGCUGUAAAUAUCUUGUGUUCUUCUGCCUUCGCCAGUAUUAGGGUAGCCUCGGCCCGGUUCGCCUUACUGGUUUGCCAAAGCCAUCCUUGGCGUCCAGCACUUACAUCCAUCUAUGCUGUUUUAUAGACAAACAGGGAAAAAAAAAGCGUAGGAACUGCUGGCUUUGCAAAUAGCAGUGGGCUCCAGGGGCCACUGAGGAGCAUAGAAUUGACUGUGUUCCCAACAGCGCAGUAUUCUCAACCAUGUUACCAACAAUGCAGCGUUAGCAAAGAGGUGGGUUCUGUUCUCCAGGUGACGCUUUCAGUUAGCUCCGUGACAGACCAGUCUGUAGUCAUCUGUGUACACAGUUUACAGCUACAAAAACCAACUGUGGUGUUUAUUAUAGGAGAGUGCCGAGUUAAAUGUUUUACACCUUUAGCAAAGUAUUCACUGACCCAAAACUCUCUGUAGCGUCUUAACGCACACAGCCUCAUGCAAGUUUCAGCAAGUGGAUCUGUACUGUCCCUGGCGAUGGGUGCCCGCCCUGAGAUAUUACCUCAUUAUGCAAAAACAUAUCCCAUGACUAUUUUCACAGAAGCUUAAAACACGUCUGAUGAAGUUUAACUUUCAGGAACCAGGACUGCCAGAAAAUACUAGCCUCUACCAUAUGCAUGCAUCUAGAAGCUUACCUGAAAUCUGCCUUUUAUAAAGGAAUAAAUAGUGUCAAUAAGUUAACUGUACAUUUUUUAAACUUGAUUGCCAUUAAAGCAGAAAUUAUAAGGUUUAAGAACAUUUGUUUCUAGUCACUCAUUUGACCUCCAGAGUAUGAAUUUACGUAUUAUGAGUCAGCAUCCGCUAAAUGUGUCAGAGCAUCUAAAGAUUGUUUUUACAUUGUUUUCUUAGUUCUCAGACAAAUUUAAAGGAUUAUUCAAGAUAAGGAAUUUAGAAAUCAACCCUUUACAGUUUUCCCAGUGUAGAAUCCAGGUGCUGAAACCAAGCUUUUCUUUCUCCAUUCUGUUUCUUAAACCCCAGUUGUAAAGUAACAUUCUCCCGCCUUAAGCUCUAUCCAAGACAAGUUCCCUUUAAGUCAGUUCAUAACCAAGUUCUGGAACGCUGCUGUGACUUGCACUGUGAAAAGGGCGCUCUCUCUCUGCAGAGCCCCUCCCUCCCUCUCUCUCUCCCUCCCCCCGCCCCCUCCCCACCCCGUCUGUGUGUCUGUCACUGCCAUGCUUGCGCGCACUCUUCUCUCCCAUGUCCUGUUCUUGUUUUGUUUACCGUCCCAGCCACGCGUGUCACCAUUGAGAACGUUGUACAUGUCUCAGUGUUGACCUCAGCACGAAUCUGGGAAGAGCCCAGCAGCUCUAUCACACAGUCGGUGGGCCGUUCAGAUUCCCAGGCGCAUUGCCGCUCUGGCAUUACAUUCACUUCAACUGCUAUUUCGGCAGCAGCACGGAAGACUUUUUAAGCAGAUAAUCUUGGCAAUGAAUGAGAAAUGUUAAUUUCACAGAAGCACAACUCCCAGCAACACUGUAGGAAAGGCCUGCUCUCCCAGCCACAGUGCUCAGUAACCGUUAAUUUACUGCUGCUUUACUGGUUACUAGGAACACUCACAUAGCCACCUGAACAGCAGACCUUGCGUGACAGACCUGCAAAACACCUAUCAGCUGUUAGAGGGAACUAGUUUUAAGCACUUGAUUCCUUGAUGCCAGGGCACAUGUAAACCCCACAGGAAACUAGGCGUGGGCAGCACCUGGCCCUGUGUUGGUUCCGCAAUGGAGUCCAGCAGGAGGCCAGCACUGAGGCUGCCCAGUGCACCUCUUCAUUCAUUAUACACUUUUAGUGACAUGAAAGAGCCGUUCUUUGUUGUGGCCUAGGCUGUUCUCAGUGAUUUGAAAAUAAACUGGCUUAUAAAACACACACAAAAGCUGUAUCUCUAAAAUGAUGUGGAAUCGAUGUCUGGUCCUCCCAUGUCAUAGCACCUCACAGAUGCGUUUUCAUAGCUUUCUCUUUCUGGUUGUGUUUUCAUUUCCAUCAGGAAAUUGAGUUCUCUAAGCCAGCUUACUGUAGGACAUAGGAAAAUUAAAUAGAAACACCAUUGGCAGUCUUGUUGUAUUUAAAUCUGAUCUUAUUCUUAAACUCAUGAGCCACUAUCUGCAAUUUUGUACAGGAUAUAGUAUUUUGAAGUUAUGGGACCUUACAAAAGAAAUAGCAAAUUAGUUCUUUCCUGGAAAUGGGAAAGUUAUGUUCUGCAAAUAGCGUGUCUUAUUUUACUGUUGAACAGCAAUUGCUAUUUAUUUUUUUAUUGCCUAGAACUUGGACACCUUGUAUAGGAAUCCUGCAGUGCCACUAGUUAGACUCCGGAUCCUCAUCUGGUUGUUGCCCCAAACAUCAGUACCCUUUUCAUUUCACAUGUAUUUAAUGUGACAGUUUUCAGUAAUGUAUGUGUUAAUUUCUACUUUUUUUAAUAUUUAAAAUUGCUUUUAAAUAAACAUAUUCUCAGUUGAUCCCAAA